AUGGCGGAAUCUCCGGUGCCAUACAAUGGUACCAUCGCUACUGGUGGUGACUCCCUUCACGAUGACCUGAAUAUCUUCUACAGUUCUGGUGAUAUCUCAUGGGUCAUUAUUUCAACGGCCCUAGUAUUGCUUAUGAUUCCUGGAGUUGGAUUCUUCUACUCCGGUCUAGCUCGCCGAAAGUCGGCCCUCUCGUUGAUAUGGCUGUCUAUUAUGUCGGUCGGAGUGGUCUCGUUCCAGUGGUUCUUCUGGGGCUACUCACUAGCCUUCUCUCAUACAGGCGGCAAGUACAUUGGCAACCUCGACAACUUUGGUUUCAAGGGUGUCCUGGCUGCACCAUCUGUGGGCAGUGAUAAGGUCCCUGAUCUUCUGUUCGCUGUCUUCCAGGGCAUGUUCGCCGCAAUUACGGUUGCUCUCGCAGUUGGCGCCGUUGCUGAGCGUGGUCGCAUGCUCCCCUGCAUUGUCUUCAUGUUCGUCUGGACUACUAUUAUCUACGACCCCAUUGCCUGCUGGACAUGGAACUCUUCCGGCUGGGUGUUCAACCUCGGUGGACUGGACUUUGCGGGUGGUACUCCCGUUCACAUUGCCUCUGGAGCCGCAGCCCUUGCCUACUCUGUGAUGUUGGGCAAGCGUCGUGGCCACGGUACUCACGAGCUCAACUACCGCCCUCACAAUGUGACCCACGUCGUCAUUGGCACCGUCUUCCUAUGGGUUGGCUGGUUCGGAUUCAAUGCUGGCUCCGCUCUCUCUGCCAACCUCCGCGCUGUCAUGGCUGCCGUUGUCACUAACCUGGCCGCCGCCGUUGGAGGUGUGACCUGGUGUUUGAUGGACUACCGACUUGAGCGCAAGUGGUCUACCGUCGGCUUCUGCUCUGGUGUGAUUGCUGGUCUCGUUGCCAUUACCCCCGGCUCUGGCUUCGUCACUCCCUGGGCUGCUUUCAUCUUCGGUCUCGUUGGUGCUAUCUCAUGCAACUAUGCGACUAAGCUCAAGUACCUUAUUGGCGUGGAUGAUGCUCUGGAUAUCUUUGCCGUCCACGGUAUUGGUGGUCUGGUUGGAAACCUGCUCACUGGCCUCUUUGCCGCCGAUUACAUCGCGCACCUUGACGGUGUCACCGAGAUUGAUGGCGGCUGGAUCAACAAGAACUAUAUCCAAUUAGGAUACCAGCUUGCUGACUCGGUGAGCGGAAUGGCCUAUGCUUUCUUCGGAACCUGCAUCAUCCUUUUCAUCAUGAACCUCAUCCCCGGUCUCACCCUUCGCGCCCCAGAGGAAGAUGAAAUCAUGGGUAUUGAUGAUGCUGAGAUUGGCGAGUUUGCUUAUGACUAUGUCGAGAUCACUCGUGAUAUCGUCAACGGGGUGGAAGGCUCAGAGACUGGCUCUAGGCGCACCGUCACCCCCACGGGCGAGGACGUUGAGACGAAGGCAUAG